AUGCGGCCUCGCCGCCACCUACGGCCCCCUCACCGUCACCUGCGGCCCCGUCGCCCUCCCCUAGCGGCCGUGUCACCGCUCAGCCGCCCAGCGACCAAGCCGCCGAGCAGCCCAGCAGCCGAGCCGCCCUGCCGCCGAGCCGCCCAGCAGCCGAGCCGCCCUGCCGCCGAGCCGCCCAGCAGCCGAGCCGCCCAGCAGCCGAGCCGCCCUGCCGCCGAGCCGCGGAGCCGCCCUACUGUCGAGCCGCUACUGUUCCUACCGGUGCUCCCCGGCCCUCCUUCCUCGGACUA